UUUCCCAUUCCAUCUUUCAAUUCAAAAUUGGUUUUCUCUCCCCAAAAACAAACAGAACAACCAAGACAGGUUUUGUUGCUCUUCGAGAGGGUUGAAGAGGAUGUUCUGAAAGGACCGCUUUAUCUGAAAAAAGAUUUGGGUUUGCAGAAAGUCAUCUACUGAGGAGAGAGGAGAGAGAAAGAGGUGUGAUAGAGAAAGAGUGUUGUCUUUUGUUUGUUUGUAACUUUGCAUUGAAUUCCAUUCAUUUUUUUUCUCUUUCUCUCUCUCUCUCUCUUGUGUUACUCGCUACAAGCUAUUCGACUAUAACACCGACUCCCUCUUUUACCGUGGAAGAAGGAAAAUGAAUAUCUCAAGUGGAAGAAGGCACAGAAGGCGGUUUCGCCAUUGAUGAGAGCUAGCUACUUUAAGAGAGAACAAGAGCAAGAGAAGAAAACAACAAAAACAAAAGCUUUUAAGUUGUUCUUUCUCUCUUGUCAUGAUGGCUUCUUCAAAGACCACCAACCCAAUAACAACUACUACACAAUUGGAACCACUCCCUCCACCUCAACACCGUCAUCAUCCUCAUCAUCUUCAUCAGUUACAACAACAGCAACACCAACAUCAUUAUCAUCAACAAAUUCAUGACCAUCAAAUUUCUUUUGGACUGAUGCAAUCCUCUUCUUCAUCUUCCUCUAUCCCCGGAAACUACCUCGGAAGCAAGGAUUCCGGGGCUUAUGACUUGGGUGAAUUGGAUCAAGCCUUUUUCCUCUACCUUGAUGGACAAGCUGACCCUUCUAGUGUUCAAGACCAAAGACAGAACUCAUCAUCAGGAAUGAGGCCUCCGACUCUCAACAUUUUCCCCUCUAAGCCUAUGCACGUAGAGCCAUCAUCAUCCAAGUCCAAGGCUAACAUAGAGCUAGUUUCUCCACAAACAAGUGGAUCAAAGAGACCAUCAGAGCCGUCGAUGGAGUUGGCUAACCCCCGAAACGAAACUGCUUCUGCCCCUCAACCACCCAAACCUGUCAAGCGAGAGGGCAAUCGCAAAGGUCCAACGUCAAGUUCUGAACAUGAAGGACCUAAAACACCAGAUCCUAAGGUGGCAAUUGAUGCUAAUAUAUGCGCUUUAAAACGUUGUGCACAGACACUCAGAAGACUUGCUCAGAAUAGAGAGGCAGCUAGGAAAAGCAGGCUUAGGAAAAAGGCCUAUGUUCAACAACUAGAGUCGAGUAGGAUUAGGCUGAAUCAGCUGGAACAAGAGCUACAACGUGCUAGAACUCAGGGCAUGUUCUUGGGUGGAGGUGCACUCUUGGGUGGAGAGCAAGGACUUCCUGUCACUAUGAAUACCAUUAGCACGGAGGCUGCAAUGUUUGACGUAGAAUAUGCUAGAUGGCAAGAGGAGAACCACCGCAUAGUGUGUGAGCUAAGAGCUGCAGUGCAAGAGCACCUUCCUGAGAACGAGCUUAGACUUUUUGUUGACAAUUGUUUGGCGCAUUAUGACCAAGUGAUGAACCUCAAGAGCUUAGUGGCCAAAACAGAUGUGUUCCAUCUUGUUUCUGGCAUGUGGAAGACCCCAGCUGAACGUUGCUUCAUGUGGAUUGGUGGAUUCAGGCCAUCUGAACUCAUUAAGAUUAUUGUGAGUCAAAUUGAGCCUCUCACCGAGCAACAAAUAUUGGGCAUAUGUGGAUUGCAACAAUCUACACAAGAAGCAGAAGAGGCUCUCUCCCAAGGACUCGAGGCUCUCAAUCAAUCUCUCUCGGACACUAUAACAUCAGAUUCUCUUAGUUAUCCUCCCAAUAUGGCUAACUAUAUGGGACAGAUGGCUGUGGCCAUGAACAAACUCUCCACUCUUGAAGGUUUCGUGAGACAGGCUGAUAAUCUGCGGCACCAAACCAUUCACCGUCUUCACCAGAUUCUAACAACGCGUCAAGCAGCAAGGUGUUUUUUGGCCAUAGCUGAGUACUUUCAUCGUCUUCGAGCCCUCAGUUCAUUGUGGUUGGCACGCCCUCGCCAAGAAUAGGCUCAUUACUCCCAAGCUAGCUAUAUAUCUAGCAAUAUAUGCCCUUAACUUCUCUUAAAUUUAUAAAUUAAAUGUUAUAUCUCUCUUCAUCACUCCUCUCUCCCCCUGCAUAUCAUAUCAUAUCAUGGGCUGUAUAGAUAGAGUGAUAGACAGAUAAUUAAUAUAGAAUUUAAUGUUAACAACUAUAUAUAGCUCUCCCUUCCUAGAA